CCGCGCCUCCCACCCGUGACCAUGGCUGACGCACCAGCUUAGAUGAGAGGACUGAGGAGGAGGCGGGACACCGUGACGACAUGACUGUGAAUCGGGUUAUUAUGGUGAAGAGAAGCUAGAGAAACGAAAGUAAUGGGAUGGUGUGAGUGGGGAGACAGGCGGUGUGUGUGAUGCCCAGUGUGUGGAGGCAGCAGCCAGCCAGAGAGGAGGCAGCAGGCACUUAGGUAGCAGCACUGAUAGCGAAUACCGGGCUGACUGCUCCAUCCUGCUGGGACUGCGAUGGGAAAGCUCACAGGACUGGUUUCUCCAGAUCUGGCCCCACUUCUAGAAAAUGUGGAGUUACACCUGGCAUGUUCAACCUGCUGCACAAAGAAAUAUGGCAUCACUUAUACAUACCACCCCUCAAACCACAGCUGCACUGCCCAGUUGCUCCUUGCUAAAUGUGUGGGUGUUAACAAUGGUAAUGAGUGGUAUGAAGUGAGACGGCGCCCAGCUUACCCUGUGCCUGCCCGUUAUAUAGUUUGCUGGCAUUACCAACCCAAAAAAGGUUGCAUCAGGCAUUACCAGAAUUGCAGUUUUGCUUGGUGUACUGAAGAAAUUCAUGUCUGGUCCUUUGAGAAGACGCAUAAGCUUGAGAGGAAUCAUCUCCGGUCCUUACUACUGCCCUCCUCAACCCCAAGUACUAAUUGCAAGAAGCUCAUUAGCUGGGAAGAUAUUUUGAGUGAAUUUGGAGGGAAGUUUCAGGACAUUUGCGAACAAUGUUUUUAUCAGAGCCCUCCAGUGGUCACGGAUAAAGAUUUAUGCCAAUCUCAUCCUCGCGCAGUGCCCCUUCUUGCUCACAUUGUUGUUGAUGACACAAGGAAACAAUGUCAUGCUAUCCAGCCAUUGCCUUCCUUACAUCACAUCCACUUAUGCAGCCAACUUUCUCAAGGGUUUCUCUGUCGUGCAGAAAGUGGGCACUGCCCAAACGCACAUAGUGAGGUGGAGCUUGCAGUGUGGAAGGCAGAGCAAAAAUUUGGAUUAAGUCGCAGUAAGAUUCAGGAGAGCAGAGGACUGAACAUGGGUUUUUACUGUCGUCUUUGCCUGGUUAGCGCCAGUACUCAAGAAAGUUUUGAGGUUCACUGUUCUUCUCUUGAACAUGGACGAAUGAUGGCAGCGGAUUCACUGUCAGUGUGGAAUCACCGUGCCCCACCACUUGGCAUGAAUCGCUUUUUACUCUGUGAAAACCCUUAUCAGUGUAUAUAUGGUAACGGCUGCCAGAAAGCUCACAGCCAAGAUGAGCUGCAGGAAUGGAUUCUUCGGGUUAAAGUCUGCAGGAGAAACAAGCAUGUGAUGGAGGAAGAGGGUCUCCAGUCUUAUCAGGACCGCCUUGUACAGGAGUAUCAGAGGAGUGGAGACACAACAGUGCUUUCUAAAGAAGUUGAUGGUGUUAAAAUCACAUGCAGUCAUCCGCUGACAAUUCAUUCCAAGGAGAAGCCUUUGGAGAGAAUAUGGAAUUUUACUGUGCAUUCAAAGUUUCCACUCCUACAUGUUGCUUUGCUCAAGACCUAUCCUGGAGCUGUCUUCUCAUUGGUUGCAGAAGGUCUACCAAAAUUCUGCCCUUAUGCUGCAGGGGACAAUUUCCUAAUUAAAGGGUCAAAGAAACAAAACUAUCAUCUGGGGCUACGUGCUCACUGUUCAGUUUUUGGAGUGUUUGAGCAGUGGUUGACUCUGGAUUUUGGAAUUCGGCCAGUUUUCCUGCAGAAGAUUGUUGUGCAGGUUGGAGGCCAGGAAGAACCAUCAAGGCCACAGGAUGAAGGUUCAGAUCAAGAUGGUGGCCUGUUGCCAUCUUCUGAGCGCUGGUACCCAGACAAGCACUUAUGUAUACCAUGCAAGAACAGGACACAAGAUGAAAAGUGCCUAUUGGAAAAGUACAAACCACCUACAAUAAGUGCAUGUGAAUUCCCCAAAACAAUGGAGGAGAAACCAUUUACAGUUGAGAACUACAAGCAAAUUAUGCAUUUCAGGAUUGUGCAGGAGGAAGCUGCUAGAGAAGAGGUGAUUUCCAGGUUAAACUUAAAAGUCUUUGUGACCUUUUCCAAAAUGGUAAUGUCUGCAGUGCAGGGAAUGAAAGUGGCUCCCAACGGAGAGCUGUUUGCUGAGGUUACUCUUCCUACUGGCAUAACGCAAGACACAGAAGAAGGAUACUUACUGCUGCGGUCUGUGAACACUGCCUUAGUAUCGCCUUGCCUUUUGAAAAGUGACAAAGUCUAUGAAGUUCAUGUUGACAGAUGUUUUGAGUUAGAGAACAGUAUUUUACUCCAGAUACCAGAGAGAUGCUGCCAAGAGCUGUCUCUUAAAGAAGGGGCAUGUGUCCAGUUGGAGAUUCAAUUCCAGCUGGAUCGGUUGCAGUUCUGCAUAUACCGUGAAGCAGUAGACCGCCUGCUGGAUGUAAAAUUACUUUUGCCGGACCUGUCCAAGUGCUGCCUGCCUGACUCUCCGGAAAAGGUGCCAUGGGGCAACACAAAGCAGCAGACAGCAAUCUCUUACAUCGCUGGAUUAGUGUCAGCCAAAGGGCCAGUUGCUCCUCUUCUCAUAUAUGGCCCCUUUGGCACCGGUAAAACAUCCACUGUGGCCAAAGCUGCUUUACAAGUCAUCAGACAAGCUGGCACUAGGGUGCUGAUCUGCACCCAUAACAACAGUGCUGCUGACCUGUAUAUUCAGGAACAUUUCCAUUCAUAUGUGGAGUCUGGCCACCCAGAAGCUACCAUUCUCAGAGUGAAAUACACGCUCAGUCCUGUAAAUAGGACGGACCCCAUCACACAGCAAUACUGCCUUCUCAACUCAGACAAAUCUUCCUUCGUUAUCCCCAGCCAGGCUCUUCUUGAGCAGUACCGCAUUGUUGUGACAACUGCUGUCAUGGCACGUGAACUGGAUGUACCGCGAGGCUUUUUCAGCCACAUAUUGCUAGAUGAGUCAGCACAGAUGAUGGAAAGUGAAGCUCUGAUUCCAUUGUCAUUUGCCAACCACUGGACACGUGUGGUUGUGGCUGGAGACCACAUGCAAGAAACCCCACGGGUUUUCAACAGGACUGCUUGUGAGGAGCAUACCUUACUUACCCGCUUGUUCUCAUAUUACCAGGGUAAAGAUGUCCCAGCUGCAAAAAACGGGCGCAUAAUCUUCCACCAAAACUACCGCUCUGUACCCGCUAUCAUCUCCUUUGUUUCACGAUGUUUCUACUUUGGACGUGAUGAUGCUAUUGAGGCUUGUGCAGUUGAAACAAUGGAUCCACCUCAUGGAUGCCAUGCACUGGGGUUGAUACAUGUGCAUGGUCUAUGUUCUGCUGAGGGAAAUUCAUGGGUGAACCAAUCAGAAGUAUUACAAGUGAUUGAGGUUGUCAAAGAGGUUCUCCAGCGGUGGCCUGACAACUGGGGAAAAUUGAGAAGAAACAAAAUCUGUGUGGUGUCCCAAGGAAGUCAGGUGAAACUGAUUCGUCAAGAGCUGCGCAACAUAAGACUGUCUGAUAUCACUGUGACAAGCUUCGAAAACAUUCUUGGUUGUGAGUACCUCGUCAUUAUUCUGAGCACUGUUCGUUCUGUGGAUAGUCUCCCUGUUCAUCCUCCUGCCUCAUCCACUUUCAGCUUGGACUUCUUCUGUGAUCCACGAAUUGUGAACACCAUUCUGACACGUGCACGUUCCCAGGUCAUUGUAGUCGGAGAUGUGGUGGCCCUGUGUUCUUUUGGUGGGUGCAGCCGUAUCUGGAGAAACUACCUGCGGGAAUGUGUGGACGCCGGCAGUGCCAUACCACCUGAGCUUAGCGUGGAAGAGAUAAAGCAGGUAGUAUGUAACCGACAAGCCUGGAGGCAACAGCCAGGGGAAGAAGAUGCAGAGGAGGACAGUGAUUCUUGGGUAUCCGAUUUGGACAUCAAUUCAGAGGAUGCCAUUCUUCAGGAGUUGCUAGACAGUAAAAAGGAUGCCUGUGUGUCUGUGUCUGAGGAAGGUAUGCUGACAGUUUCAGCAACGUCCAGUUUUGGAAAAAAAAAAGACAUAUAUACACACUUCCCUAGACACAUUCUAGAGCAGUACCUGGAAAUGCAGCCCAAUGUUUACAAGAGAUGCCAACUGAUCAAGGAAGAUUUUGAUCGAGGCUAUGCUUUAACCCUUGAUGACUCUCCACCCUGUCAUAUAUCUGUUAAUGGGCGUAAGAAUUGUGGUCUAGCAUUUAGUGGAGACAAAGUCGUUAUUCAGUUGUUACCAGAUACCCAGCCUCAAGCAGGGACAGUAGUGGGAGUCCUGGAGACAGACAAGAAAAAUCAUUGCAUCGUCUGCACCAUGGACCCACAUGAUCGUAACAUUAUGAUUCCCAUUGAUCGAUCGGUGACUAAGAUUUUUUGUCUACGUUUUAAAGAGAGACAGGACUGCAUCCCAAUUCGUGAAUUUGAAGGGGAUCGUAUCAAAACUCUAAGAUUUGAGAAACUGACACAGGAAAUGAGACGGGGCCGACUGUUUUUGGUGCAGGUAGUCUGCUGGCGUCAAGGUUUCUACUAUCCUCUUGGGAUUGUAACUCGUAUUCUGCCUCCAGUGCUUACCUUAGAAGAGGGUCUUGAGAUCCUUAACCAUGCAUAUGGAAUUGAAAGUGGCAAUACGUACCCAAAAAAAGCAUCAAAAGAAGCCAAUAAAUUGGUUAUUAACCACUCCUUAGAAAAAGACAGAAAGGAUUGCAGGAACAUUAUUACCUUCACUGUAGAUCCUGUGUCUGCCAAAGAUUUGGAUGAUGCUAUCUCUGUAGAGGACAAAGGUGAUAACUAUGAGAUCGGCGUUCAUAUCACUGACCUGGCUGCUGUGAUUCCCCAAGGAGGUGACCUGGACAAUGAAGCCAAAGAACGAGGAGUCACUUUCUACCCCCCUGAGCAUGAUGCAGUCCAUAUGCUGCCACAGAAGUUAUGUUCUAAUCUGUGUAGCCUGAAACCAUCGUGUGACCGACUGACCAUAUCCCUUUUUGUAAUAGUACACAAGGAUGCUGACCAAAUGAUGGAUGGUUACUUUUGCCGCACUAUUAUCUGCUCUGACCGUCAGCUAUCAUACGAAGAAGCCAAUUCCAUUCUGAAAGCUGAAAGUGGGAAGCCCCAGACAUUUAACACUGUGGAAGGGUGUUUAUGUAUAGCUGAGCACUUCUCAAAAAUCCAUCGAACUUUCCGUCUGGAGGCAGCUGCCAAUUACAAACAGCCAGAUGAAGAUAGUCUAUUGGGAUCUCAAGACGCUCAGCGGAUGAUAGAAGAGCUGAUGAUUAUGUACAACAGUUGGGUGGCUGAGUAUCUUACCAGCAAGGAAAAAAUAAUGCAUCUUCUACCAGUACGAUGCCAGAAUCCUCCAAGUAUUAACAAGAUUGAGGAGCUGAGUACAAAAUUUAGAAAACUUUUACCUUUUUCUGCAUAUUUGUCACAUCAUCUGCUUGAACGUCCCAAACUACCAAGUCCCUCUUUAGGACAAAAAGUAACCAUGUUAACCUCAGUAUGGGAAAACUUGCAGGAUGCUGCACAAAACCAUAACCAUUCUAGAAUCACCGACCUUCUGUCCACAGAUGACCUGCAUCCCGAGCUGUUUUAUGCUGUCAGGGAAUUUAGGCGUCAACUUGGUCGUUCGUAUUUCAGCCGCUCUGGUACACAGAAUGCUGGUUGCCAUUACUCCCUUCAGGUGUGUGCCUAUACUUGGGCAUCAUCACCCCUUCGUCGAUACAUAGACAUUGUGGUGCAGAGAUUGCUCCACAAAACCCUCACAAGUGUCUCUGAAAAUGUUCCAACAAUUUCUGCUAAGGACAUAGACCUACUCUGUUGCAACUUUGAUAUAAGAGUAAAAAAGGAAUCAACCUAUGAGAAGACAGGAUAUGCUCUUAAGUUGGCUUUGUCACUACAUAAGGAAGUAAAGCAAAAGCUGGCUGUGGUAGUCACAGCUGAUUCAAAGAGCAGGGGUUUAAAUGUAGCAUUCCCACUGAAUGGAGACUCUUUGUCCAGUCUCAUGGUGCUUGAAUACAGUGCACUUCAGCCAGUGGGGCAACCAACACCUACUGAAAGUGGCACCUCUCUCUCCUGGAAACGCAGGGUGUAUUCCUACACUGAUUACCGGGAACAACCUCUCAGAAAUGUAACACGGAAAGAUUUAACCGCUUUUAGUUCUCAAGCAUGGCAUGAGGCAGUUAAGUCAAUAAUUCGGGGUGAGCCAAAGCAAGCAAUACUUUCCUUAAAAGAAGGUGUGGAAAUAUUUAACCCCAUGAGUUUUGUGGGACACAGCCCUUGUGGUCACUACAUGAACCUAACACUCCAUCUGCACCCUGGGGAUUCUCUUCCUGUCCAACUAUGUACUGUUGUUGACCGUGGAUUACCUACCCCAAAACCCCAGCUCUGCACUCCAGCCCCAGGAAUCCAGCUCUGCUUGGAGCAUACAUCUCGACCUGUUGACUGCUUCUCCUCUCUGGCAAACCGACCUCCUCUUAAACACUAUCGAAACGUUCGAGAAUAUCAGUUGGUAUGGUUUCCUCUUUGUGCUAUGGAAGCGGUAGAAUCAGCUGUAGGUGAGGGUGCAGGAAUUCUUCUGAGAGAUGUACCUGUACGGUGGGAAAAAAGAAAGGAUGCCAAACAAGCAGUGGGUAUGCAAGGUGCUUUCACUUUAUCUUCUGAUCUCAUCCAAGACUGCGACCUUGAUAUGGAUUUCCGCAACUGCUACCUGUGUGUUCGGAUGGAUGGAAUACAGUCAUGUAAUGUAACUGACCUGACUGAUGCACCCAGUUAUACUUGGGUGGCACACGGCGUGACUAAAUACAGCAAUCAGGUUUCUAAAGAGGAAGGUGGCGAUGUUGAAUUCCGAUUACACCAAGCUACCAUGAAGCAAGUUCCUGGGGUAGUUCUUAAGCCUAAAGCCACAUUCACUUUGGAAAUCAUACCCAAGCUAUUGCCAGACAUACGGAAGGAGAUGGCUCUGGGUGAACUAGCUGGUGCCUCCGAACUCGCAAAGAAUAUUGUGCUUGGAAAACAGAUUCCUGAUCGAGAUUUGAACACUAAGUUUAAGUCCCAGAGGUCUUUUACUCUCCCAGACUUUUCACCUCUAAACAACAGUCAGACAGAAGCUGUGCGCAAAGCUCUAACACAGCCCUUCACCCUCAUACAAGGGCCACCUGGCACAGGAAAAACUGUUGUUGGUGCUCACCUGGUUUAUUGGUUCAAUCAGGUGAACCAGCAUCAGGAGACCCCAACGGGUAAUGAAGAGGAAGAGCCUGGUAGGCGAAUGCUUAUGUAUUGUGGGCCUUCAAACAAGUCUGUGGAUGUUGUAGCUGUAAUGCUACUUUCACUCAAAAGGAAGCUCCCCCUAUUGCGUGUAUACAGUGAACAGAUUGAGCUUUCCGAGUUUCCAUAUCCUGGGAGCAACCUCAAGGUUUCCGGAUACCUCAGGGAAGGAAAAUCCCACCCAGGACUCAGAUCUAUCACUUUGCAUUAUUUAAUCCGGGAGCCUAGCAACCCGUAUUCCAACAAAAUUCGAGAGAUGGACAGACGAAUCCAGAGUGGAGAGGAAAUUUCACUUGAAGAUGUGGAAUUGGGCUGCGUGCCACUACAAGGGGCGGGGCUUCCCAGACCGAGACCAGCGGCAGGAAGGCGCCAUUUCCUGCUGCUGUGGAUCUUCAAGGCUGCAUGCACGCUGCUCCUCCAGGACCCACGCUGCUACAAACUAUAUAAGAAGCUCCGAAAUGACGCUCGAAAAUUUGAACUUGACCGCCAUGACAUCAUUCUGUGUACCUGUAUUUGCUCUUCCAGUGCGUUUCUGAGUAAAUUGCAAGUGUCACAGAUCAUCAUUGACGAGUGUGCAAUGUGCACAGAGUCAGAAACUCUUGUCCCAAUUAUCUGCCACAAAAGCGCGCAAUCGAUUGUUUUGCUUGGGGACCACCGUCAGUUGCGCCCAGUAAUAAAAAAUGAUUUAUGCCGCAUACUUAAAAUGGAUCGUUCAUUAUUUGAGAGGUACGAAGAGAGAGCAUUGCUGCUGGAUACACAAUAUCGUAUGCAUUCUGAUAUCUGUGAGUUUCCUUCUGCUGAGUUUUACGAUGGACGCUUGCACACCAGUCCACAGCUCAACCUCCAACCAAGCCUAUUUAACCACCAACGUAGAAACUGCUGCCCCCUGUUGUUUGGAGAGGUAGAUGGGGUAGAGGAGAGCCUGGUUGUGACCAGUGAAGAAGGAAACUUUAACUCAAAGGCAAACAAAGAAGAGGCCAAACAGGCAGUGCGUCUGGCAAAACUUCUUGUUCGUAAUUCUAUUUCACCAAACAAAAUUGCUAUCCUGACCCCCUACAAUGCACAGGUAGCAGAGGUUACUAAAAUACUUCAUGCUGAGAGGCUAAGCGAUGUUACCGUCUGCACAAUAAUGAAGAGCCAAGGAAGCGAGUGGCAGUAUGUCAUCUUUUCCACAGUGCGCACGGCUUCUUUGCAGGAACUGGACAGUCAUCCUACGUACAGUUGGCUACGGCUGCGCCUUGGGUUUCUUGGAGACCCAAAUCAGAUUAAUGUUGCACUUACUAGGGCGAAGGAGGGUCUGUGUGUGCUAGGAAACGCUAACCUGCUAAAGUGCUGUUCUCUCUGGAAACGACUUCUACAGCACUAUAGCCAGAAGGGGGCCAUUGUCCAUUCUACUCUGAUUGGGGUAUCAGCACCACGUCGCCGCUAAGAGCAUUAUGAAGGACAAAGGAUUUAACCAUCCAUGUUUUUCCGCACUAAGUAUCAUUUAAUGAGUGGUUGCAGAUUUUACCAGCACCUGACAGUUAUCUCCUGAUUUAUUUGCUGCAGGUUGCAGCACCUCAUGUAUUUUGCUGCUCGCCAGUUUCCACAAUAUACAGCUGUCACUGUAGCUGUGUAAUUGAACAUUCCAUUAUUCUAUACCUCUGUAGAUAUACGAAUCAGGGUACCAUCAUAUUAUGUAUGUCACAUUAGAGCAAUAUUUUACUGGGUUUCUUCUAUCAAGUAAAGAGUGUCGACCAUUUACCAAUAUAAACUUCCUUGUAAAGCCAUCUUUAACGCUGUAUUACUGUCACACUUGAUUACUGUAUCUGUAGAUGAAGGACUAUUAGCAGUGCCAAGAAUCUCUCUGAUAUCAUCUGAGGGUUGAGCCUUUAGCUUUGUGGCUCCGACUCUAUGGAACCCUCUCCCCAGCACAGUUCGAGAAGCCUCCACUGUAGAAUACUUCAAAAACAUGCUCAAGACUUCCCUGUUCACCAAGCAUUUCACCUAUGUCCCUUGUUAAGCCUGUUUUGUAUGUUGUGCUUUAAGGGUCCUGUUAAGGGAAAAGCGCUCUAUAUAAAUAACAUUAGUGUUGUAAUUAUUUUUUUUUAUUUUUUUAUUAUUAUUAAUGCAUGGCAGAUAAUUUAGAUUCUGUCUUGGUUAAAAAAAGAUUUUAAUGUCCAUGUCCAAUGUUCAACGCUAAACAAUUCCCAGCUGGUUCGCACAAUGCCUGCAUGUGUUUCCAGAUUUGUUUAUACAUGUGAGUGACCAAAUUGGACUGAUUCUGGUAUUCUGCCGCUGGACAAAAUGCUGGAUCCCAUGUGGCUGCAAUAGUGCAGUCAGCAGAUGCCUGUGCACCAGCUAUGGUUGGUGGCCAGUGGAACCACAACCCUCAGAGAGCUUAGACCUGAUUACAUGAUGCCAUUGCCCUGUGUGUGGCAAACUUUAGUAAGUCUCAGGUUGCAUUUUAAUGUUUUUAUUCCUUACAGGGACACAAUCAGGGAAAUUCUGUAAACAUUUUAUAUGUAUUUCAUACUGCUGUAAGAUGGACCAGUAUCUAUUUUGUAAACAUUCAAUUUCUAUCUAAUCUACUGUAGAUUUUUAGUGUCUUGCAUUUGAAAUAAAUUUCCCCAUAUGGUGAA